CGCAUGCGCGCUGUACACAAAGGCGCUCCGGAGGAUCGGUAAAGGUUAAAAGUGACAAGGAAGUUGUCUAUGGGAAUCUUGAACACAACAGCCAGUUUUGCUGUCUCUGUCCAGAUAUUUAAGAAGUGGAACAAGGGAUUCACUCUGUCAUCCUUCCUGUUCAGACUGUGGGGAGUGAUUCACUAGAUCAUCUGACCGAUUGGCCUUCCUAUCAUUUUACACAGGGGAAAGGCCGUUCACCUGCUCAGACAGUGUGGAGGGAUUCACUCGGUCAUCUCAACUGAAGGUACAUCAGCGAGUUCACACUGGGACAAGGCCAUUCACCUGUUCUGUAUGUGAAAAGGGUUUCAGAUGGUCUUCCCACCUGUGGACAUACCAGUCAGUUCACACUGGGCAGAGGCUGGUCACCUGCUGAAUUUGUGGGAAAGGAUUCACUUAGUCAUCUGUUCUAAUGGCUCACCAGCGAGUUUACACUGGGGAGAGGCCAUUCACCUGUUCAGUCUGUGGGAAGGGAUUCACUCAGUCAUCUGACCUAAUGGAUCACCAGCGAGUUCACACUGGGGAGAGGCCGUUCACCUGUUGGGACUGUCGUAAGGGAUUCACUUGCUCAUCUAAACUGAAUGUGCACCAGCGAGUUCACACUGGGGAGAGGCCAUUCACCUGCUCAGACUGUGGUAAGGGAUUCACUCGGUCAUCCGACCUACUCACACACCAGUCAGUUCACACUGGGGAGUGGCCGUUCACCUGCUCAGACUGUGGGAAGGGAUUCACUAGGUCAUCCGACCUGCUGGCACACCAGUCAGUUCACAUUCACACUGGGGAGUGGCCAUUCACCUGCUUAGACUGUGGGAAAGGAUUCACUUUUCCAUCUCAAGUGAAGGUACAUCAGAGAGUUCACAAUGGGGAGAGGCCGUUCACAUGCUCAGAGUGUGGGAAGGGAUUCAUUCAGUCAUCCCACCUACUGGUACACCAGUUAGUUCACACUGGGGAGCAGCCGUUCACCUGCUCGGACUGUGGGAAGGGAUUCACUUGCCCAUCUAAACUGAAAGUACAUCAACGAGGUCACACUGGGGAGAGGCCAUUCACCUGCACAGAGUGUGGGAAAGGAUUCACUCAGUCAUCACAUCUACAAGUACAUAGGUCAGUUCACACUGGGGAGAGGCCAUUCACCUGCUCAGACUGUGGGAAGGGAUUCAAAUCGUCAUCUCAUCUGAAGGUACAUCAGCGACUUCAUACUGGGGAGAGGCCAUUCACCUGUUCAGACUGUGGGAAAGGAUUCAUACAGUCACUCCACCUACAAACACACCAGUCAAUUCACACUGGGGAGAGCCUGCUGAACCCGGCCAGUGAAUCUGUUCUACAUCAGUCCAUUUAA